ACUCAGGUGUCUUAUGGGGCACUGUCCUGCCCAGUUCUGCUAAGAUGCUCCUGGCCUCCCCCUCCACCCCAUCCAGGGGACGGACCCCCAGCGCGGUGGAGAGGCUGGAAGCCGACAAAGCCAAGUAUGUCAAGACGCACCAGGUGAUAGCGCGACGCCAGGAGCCCGCCCUGCGCGGGGGUCCAGGGCCGCUCACGCCGCACUCGUGCAAUGAGCUGGGGGCCCCUGCAUCACCCAGGACGCCCAGGCCCGCCCGCCGGGGUAGCGGCAGGCGGCUGCCAAGGCCCGACUCCCUCAUCUUCUACCGCCAGAAGCGGGACUGCAAGGCUUCGGUGAACAAAGAGAACGCCAAGGGCCAGGGGCUGGUGCGGCGCCUCUUCCUGGGCACCCCGCGAGACGCCUCCUCCAGCAGCCCGGUCCCAACGGAGCGACCUACGGCUCCCGGUGGUUGGACCGCGCCCCAAGAUGCCCCGGAGGCGGCGGGAAAGCGGGCGCUGUGCCCCACGUGCUCGCUGCCCCUGUCGGAAAAGGAGCGCUUCUUCAACUACUGCGGCCUGGAACGCGCGCUGGUCGAGGUGCUGGGCGCAGAGCGCUUCUCUCCGCAGAGCUGGGGCGCCGACGCCAGCCCCCAGCCCGGAACGCCGGCGCCGCCCGGCUCCGGGGACGCCAGCGACUGGACAUCCAGCGAUGGCUUCUAUGGCUCCUCCUACAGGAACAGCGCACGUAAUAGGGCCCCAGGCAACGUCUGCCAAAUUAAACAGCGCACACAAUAG